GUGCAGGGCCAUCCCUUGCUCUUGGCAUCUCUGGUGGGUGCUACCUCGCUCCAUCCGCAGCUCACCGAAGCCUUACACGAUGCGGCGGUGAACGCCUGCAAGCAGCGGCGCUUCAAGUACCUCAGUAGCAGCUAUGACAUGCGGAUUUUGCCUGCCAAGCGCGGUGGGCGCGACAGUCCUAACUAUCGCUGGGAGGGCGUUUUGAAGCGCAGUUGGUUGGAGAAAAUGUGCGGAAGCAUCCCCGCGGUGCUGGUGCUCUGCAUCGAUUGGUCCCAGGAGCUGAGCCAAGCGGAGCAGGAAGAGUCUCAAGCCUUGCACUAUUUGCAGCACGCGCGGCGACAGGCAAAGGAGCGGGACUUGCGCCUGGUGCUUUUCGUGGUGCUCCACCCCAAAAGCGCCGACCCGGAGGCGACCGCAGCCACCCGCAGCUUGCACGAGGGUGCCGGCGGGCUGGUGAUGGCCAUGGGUCUGGAAGACCUGAAAGCCAAGGCGCCCAGUCUGGAAAGAUUGAUCUACCAGAACGCCAUAUCCUUCUACGCAGAUGAGGAGAAGCGUCUGCGCAAGGCGUGGGCGCCAAAGGUGCCCAACAUGCCGAUGCAAGUGGCCAUGCAGGUGCGUACCAACUUCAAGGUGGCCUUCUUGAACGAGUUCCGGAAGGAUGCUCGCGGGGCACUGACGGCCUACGUCAAGGCCUACGAGCUGCUGCUGAAGGAGUCCGAGCUCAUGGACUUUCUCGAGCGGAUGGACCUUUGCAACCACAUUGCGCUGAGGAUGUACCAGCGCUACUUCUCCUACCAUGACGUGGGUGCCGCCGUGCAUCACUGCCGGAUUCACGUGAACUCCCUGAAGAAGUACUGCUCCGAGAACUCGGAAUACGUCUGGCGCAAAUGGCAUUGGCUCUCCUUGAACCGCGGCAAGCGGGCUGGUGUGGUGCUAAUCGAUAUCAGUGACAUUUGGCAGUUCCCCGGCUUCCACUUCCAAGCAGCGGCAGUUUAUGCACGCCGUUUACGUGAAUGGGCCGUGCGUUGCAUGGAACCGGGCCAUCUGCCCCCAGCGCCAACGGCAGGCGGUGCGGUGCUGCCCUCGGCCUUCCUGGGCCAGGCAGGGCACCUGGAGCGUCCCACGGAGGUGACCUCGCCCAAGGAGGUGGUGGCCCUGCGCUUGGCCUGGGAACAGGCCACCGGAGACACCGGAGACACCGAAAAACGGGAGCCGGGCCUGGGAAAGGCCCAAAAACACAAAGAACAUGCGGAGCGCAGUUUGAAGCUCUUGAUUCGAGCGCAAGCUGCUGCCAAAGAACGCAAUCUCAGUUCCUGGAUCAUCACCUCGCAAAUCCGUGUGGCCGAAGCCUAUCUCUGCGAUCAGAGCAGUAGUCACCAGGAAGCUGCGCGGGACUUGUUUGAGCGUCUGAGGAAACAGCCCAACUCUUCCUGGGCCCCGUUCCAGCGCUUCUUCUUGGAACGUGCGCUGCUCUGCGGCUGCUCGCAGCUGGGUCUUCCCAUCCCAUCGCUCUGUUCCUCCACCCGGGCCGUGCCGGCCGUUCUGGAGUCCUUGGAAGCAAUGCCCAGCGAUGAGUUGCGGAGCAACUUGGUGCGCGACGCCUUCGAAUAUUUGGGUCUCAAGGCGGCCCCUGCCUGGAACGACCGGCGUCGCUGGACGGCGCUUGACGCCGCCUUACCCCGCGGUCGCCUCACCUCAGAGCUGCUGGACGCCUCGUUGACCUUCGCCACUAGCGGCCUGGCCGUGCCGCUGGCGCUCGGCACGGCCGUGGCGCUGGGCGCGGGCGACCUGGAGAUGACGCUGGAGAUGGGGGAACAAACCUGGGAGGUGGGCCAGCCCUUCACUGUCAAGUCGGUCCCCACGUCCGGCUGCGCUCCCGUCCGGCUGCGCUUCACGUGGGCACUGGCGGAUGCUGUGGUUUUCGUAGGCGGGAAACUGAACUCUGAGCUGUUGUUCCCUGUGGAUCCGUCCAAAGCCUUGGUUUCAGACACCUUUCUCUUCUUUUUGGCCCUGUCCGGUGCGCCGGUUGCGCCAGCGGCCUCUGAGCUUCGUUUGACGGCCAAUGUGCAGGUGGAGGAGGGCGACCCUGCGACCGUUCUCCCGGCGCAUCCCUUGGAAAGCUCCAAGAGUCCACGGGUCUCGCUGAUCUCUGCGGAGUGUGAGCUGAUCCCCAUAGGUGAUGAGAAGCUUCUUGCGGAGGUGGCCCAAGAGGUCCAACCUUUGGCUGGAGUUCUGUCCUUCCAACCUGGGGACUUGCAGAGACCGGGAGCAAAGGAUGUUGGCUACGCAUGGCCCAUUGCUGUUCAAUGCGGCAGGGCCUGCAAGAUGACAGUGAACUUCGCCUUGACUUUGGGCCAUGCCGUCAGCCGCACUUCAGCUACCAUAACUUUCCAGCACGCCAUGCGACUGCAGAUCGCGGAGGAACGGAUGGCCACAUCUUUGACCUUGCAGCGACCCGUGUCCUUCGCCCUGAAAUCCUUGCAUGGCCCCGUGGAGACCAGUACAGUGGAGGUCCUGUUGGAGGAUGGCUGUCAGAAAUGCCUGGGAAGACCUGGGCUGAUGGCCAUUGGCUCGGCUCAUGCCUUCAUCUGGCCGCAGCCCGCGAACAUCAGCCGAGCCGUUGGCCGCCCGCGCUUGAGGGUGGAAUUCCAGAAGCACAAGGCAGUUGGAGAGUUCUUCCAAUGGCUUCCCAGCGCCAAACGCCCCGCGCAACUGCCCGGUGGCGGCGUUGCGGAGUGGCUGCUGCCGCUGGAUCUUCCAACACCAUUGCCCUCGAUGCAAGUGGAGCUGGAGGUCGGCAGCAUUGGGACGGUGGGCACUCCGUUGAAGGUGGAGGUGUGCCUGAAAAAUGCAACGUUUUCGGAGGAAGAGAUCAGGGUGCGGAUUCUGCAGGAAGGCGAUGUCUCAGAUCGCUACCUGUUCUCCGGCCCCGCGAGUUCUCAAGCCUCGCCCCUCAGCCUGGCGCCCGACGUGUCGCCGGAGUCUCCGGUGCUGCAGCCCUUCUGCUUGAUUCCUUUGAAGCCCGGCUGGGUGUCUCUGCCCAAGGUUCAAGUCCUUUGGGCCAACCAGGAGGCCACCAGCUCCUCCAGCUCCGUCUUCGUGGCGCCACGCGGCGCGCCAGCGGUGCACCGCACGACGGCGUG